AUGUCUUCAGCCCAGAGGCAUCCACCUGUCCUCAUUUCAGAUGCACUGAUUGGCUCUCACACAUCAGCACUGGUUUCACUGACACAGGUAAAUGAAGCUAAUGGAGACUGUCUGAUCACAUCGAUUACAUCACCGGCCGCGUCCUCUCUUCUGGUGAAAUGGAACAGUUUUCCAGGAGCAACAAGUUAUUUACUGGACGCCAGGGUUGUGAAUUCAACCAGCAUUGCACCAGUAUUGGUUCAGCUCUCUUCAUCCAACACUGAGAAAGUGAUAGGACAAACCGUUCCUUCCACCUCACAAAUAACAUUUUCCAAAGCGAUAUCGAGCUCCUCAAUUCGCUUUGAAUGGUCGAAUGCAACCGGAGCAGAUAAAUACAUACUGGGAAUAGACAAAACAUUUCCUCCAUUUGAUCAUUUGGAAUACCAGUUCCUCACAACAAGCGGACAAAUAAACAACCUCCAACAAUCCACAGCAUACAACUGCUACGUUUAUUCAUCUAAUGCUGCAGGUCUUGGUGCCAAGAGUCUGGUAAAAACCAUUCGAACCUUGGUGCAGCCACCAGAUGGAGUGAACGUGGUAAAAUUAACUGACAGUACUGCUCGUGUCUCGUGGCUAAGCGUUUCUAGUGUACUGCUCUACCAGGUGACGGUCUCAGCCAAUAACAAACCAGGGAUCGCACCUGUUAGUUGGAAUUCAACUACUCUUACUUUUGACAUCCCAAAUCUUGUUCCAUGUACAACAUACACAGUAGGGGUGUCGUCCAUUAGCAUGUUCCUGGAACCGGGAGAGGCAUCGAACGUCACCUACACAACUCCUAGCAUUUUACCGGUUACCGUAGUCUCAGCGGACUACAACUGCGUUACCUCUACGGCAUCUGUUAGCUGGGGGGCUGUAUUUGGUGCAACGUCGUACCGAGCAGUAGCUACGGAUGAUAAUGGCAUGACUCGUAACUGCACAACCAUGACCACCUCCUGCCAGAUCUCUAUGCUGUCCUGUGGAAGACCAUACACUGUGCGGAUCGUAGCCAUUGCUGACUGUGAAAGCACCUCAGGAGAAAGCUACACCUUUGAGACAGCACCCUGCCCACCUCAUGGUGCCAGUGUAUACCGUGAGUGCUCCAGUAAUGUCGUCAUAUACUCCUGGAAUGCCACCGACAACACAGCUUACUACAUCGCCAUGGCUCAGGGCUCGGACGGAGAGAUCCGAGAAUGCCUCACUGAGGGCACCAGCUGUUACUUCACCAACAUGAACUGUGGGAAAAACUACACCUUUACUGUAAGCUCCACCUUCUCCGGAGGCCUGAACUGCAACAGCGGGAACACAGAGCCUGUGGCCGUCACCACAGCCCCAUGUUUGCCGCAAAAUGUCCGGACCACUGCGGACUGUAGCUUUGGUACUGCUAUUGCUACUUGGGAUUUGGUUGAAGGAGCCAAGAGCUACGUUGUGGAGGCUCGCGGUAACCGCCGGGAUUUCUACAACUGUUCAAGUCAAGGCAACAGCUGUAUGCUAUCAGAUCUGGACUGUGGAGAGAGUUUGAGUGUGUGGAUCUUUGCCAAAAAUGAAUAUUGUACAACUGAUGCAGUACUUGGUGAAGUGGCAGAUACAGUUCCUUGCCCCCCUCAGAACGUGUCCACUGCGUACACCUGUAGUUCAACCUCCGCCUCCAUGACGUGGCUCACCAGCAACGGUGCCGUCUUCUACAUUGCCGUGGCAACACACUCAGAUGGUACAGUGCACACCUGCAUUUCCAUGGCAACCGAGUGUGUGUUCCAGGGCCUGAGAUGCGGGGGGACCUACGAUGCUUAUGUCCAAGCAACAAACAUGCAUUGCAACAGCUCAGAGAGUGAUCACAUCACACUGAAGACAGCCCCAUGCGCUCCAGUUAAUGUUGGAGUGGUCAAAGACUGUGGAGCGUCUCAGGCUAUUGUGAGCUGGCAGACGUCUCAGACCGGUGGUCUGUACACAGCUGUACUUACAGAUGCCCUUGGACCCUCACUUAACUGCAGCACCAGCACUAACAGCUGCACCGUCCCGAACAUGCGCUGCGGGGCGAUCUACAAUGUCAGUGUCACGUACUAUAACGGUCAAUGCAACAGCCUGCCGUCCCCAGCCUAUCAGAUACCAUCAGUUCCCUGUCAGCCUCAAAAUGUCACAUCCGCGCUCCAGUGUGAAAACAACACGGCUACGGUAACAUGGAGAGCUAGCGCGGGAGCAGGCUGGUACACGGUGACGGCAGUCGGGCUGCAAUACUCAACUUCCUGUCGUAGUAAUGGAACUUCCUGUCAGCUGACCUCACUGCCGUGUGGAAUGAGAUUAAAUGUAUCUGUACAAGCUCAGGAUAACACCUGCAACAGCAGCUCACCGACUAGUGCUGUUAUAACAACAGCUCCAUGCAUCCCCACUAAUGUCAUCGCCAGUCUAAACUGCACCAACAAAAUUGCUUCCGUCACUUGGACUGGGUCGCUUGGUGCCACCGGGUACCAGGUAAAGGCAGAAAGCAGCAAUGGGCACAGGACAUCCUGCAAUGCAACAAGCACACAGUGUGAUGUUACAGACCUGAGGUGUGGACAGCAAUACUCCAUCACUGUCGUGGCAAAGACUAUUGACUGUAUGGGUCAAUCUAGCCAACCCGUUCCUCUUGUCUCAGCACCAUGUCCCAACACUAAUGUUCAAGCCAGGCUGGACUGCCAGACCAACGCAGCGCUCAUCUCCUGGACACCAGGAAAUGGGACGUUGCGUUUUAACGCAACACUGCAGUCAUCCAGGGAUUUCAAUCAGCACAGCUGCAUAACUAACAGCUCAUCCUGUAACAUCAGCUCACUGCAAUGCGGUGAACGCUACAACAUCAGCGUUACAGGAUAUGGUCAGACCUGCUCGUCAUGCUCUACCACCUCACUCUCUCUAGAUGCAGCUCCAUGUGUUCCCACACAGGUAAAUGUGUCAUUGACCUGUCAGUCUGACACAGCUUCGGUGUCCUGGACCGCCUCUGCUGGCCUCGUUUUGUAUUACGUCGCAACAGCAGAAAGCGCAAACGGACAAACGCUAACAUGCAACUCCAGCAGCACGUCCUGUAACAUCAGCGGCCUGAUGUGUGGUCGCGCGUAUAACGUGUCAGUCACUGCCGUAAGCGCAAACUGUACCGGGCAGCGUAGCGGAGUGUAUCUUCUUAAUACUGCACCCUGCGCUCCUGAGUCUGUGGUCAGUCAGCUGUUAGACUGUCAAACAGGUGCUGUUCGCAUCAGCUGGCAGUCAAGUAACGGGUCACUGAGUUACUGUGCUAAAGCUGUAUCCACGGCUGGUAAUCUGACGUGUAACUCCACAUCCACAUCCUGCGUUAUUCCUGCCAUCAGCUGUGGACAAACCUAUAACAUCACUGUGGCCGCUCAGGGCAACAGCUGUACCACCAAGAGUGUGACCAGUCAGAUAACAGCAGGGCCCUGUCCACCCAGUUCAGUCUCUGCUGUGUUGUUGGACUGCUCUUCUAACACCGCCUUAGUGUCCUGGACCUCUAUACCUGGAGUUCAAUACACGGCGAGAGCCAAUGGCACCACGGUGUCCUCUGCUGGUGUGGAGUGUAAUACAACAAACUCAAACUGCACUCUUACCAAUCUACAGUGUGGCAGUCAAUACAACAUCAGCGUCACUGCUACCAGAAACAACUGUAGUAGUACAGCCAACAUGAUGUCCAACUUUACCACAGCACCGUGUGCACCGGUUCUGUCUGAUGCUGUUCUGAACUGUAGUUCUCGGUCCGCUUUGGUGACGUGGUCCGGCUCAGCGUUAAGUGGAGUUGUGGUCUCUGUAAGCGCAGUGAACACACAGGGUGUCCGGCUAGGCUGCGGACCUUUAAACGGUCAAUCUUGUGUAGUGGACGGACUGCAGUGUGGUCAGACGUACACGUUUGGAAUGAACGCAACACAAGGCCAGUGCACCAGUGCAAGCAACACACUGCAGAGACAGACAGACAGUUCUGGAGACUGCAGUUCUGUGGCGGCGUUAGACACAGUGGCGGUUAGAUCUGGCUCGGUAGUCGUAACAGACUCGAGCUCCCUGUCUGCGAUGGCCGUAGGCUCCACGCAGCAGGGUGACAGCUGGCUGAUCUCUGGCUCGGGAGUGGGGCUGGCAACGUCCUCAACGGUGUAUUACCAGCACCCACUCCACGAAUGUGGGGGAGACCCCUCGUGGACCCUCCUCGGACAACUGUGUGUGCAUCUGAUUCUUAAAGACGGCUACAGAAUCAGCAGAUCUUGUAGCAAUCGGCAGAUCAUUCCACAGAUGUGGAACAGAUCCAGAGAAGCUCCAUGCCCACCACAAAAUGUAUCUGCCAAUGUGAACUCUAGCAGUAACACAGCAACAGUAACCUGGGGAAGUAGCCAAGGGGCGGUGCUUUACUCAGUGACAGCCAGCAGUGUUAAUGGCCAAUUGGUUAACUGCACCUCAGCGUCCACCUCAUGCGUCCUUUCACCUUUGGCCUGCGGACAGCAAUACACGGUCACAAUGAGGGCUGUAGGCACAAACUACAGCAGUGAAGCCAGUGCACCUGUACAGAUCCAAACAGCUCCAUGCCCACCACAAAAUGUAUCUGCCAAUGUGAACUGUAGCAGUAACACAGCAACAGUAAUCUGGGGGAGUAGCCAAGGGGCGGUGCUUUACUCAGUGACAGCCAGCAGUGUUAAUGGCCAAUCGGUUAACUGCACCUCAGCGUCCACCUCAUGCGUCCUUUCACCUUUGGCUUGUGGACAGCGAUACACGGUCACAAUGAGGGCUGUAGGCACAAACUACAGCAGUGAAGCCAGUGCACCUGUACAGAUCCAAUCAGUGCCUUGCACCCCACAGAAUGUCCUGCCCACUGUGGACUGUGGAUUGAAUUCAUUAGUGGUUUCGUGGACACCUAGUGCAGGUGGACAGAACUACACAGCCACUUUACGAGACACAAGUGGCCUGUCCACCACCUGCCAGUCUUCAGGCUCACAGUGUAAUAUCACAGGACUGAGCUGUGGUCAGGUGUACUCCGUUAAUGUGAUCGCAUCUGAUAAUCUGUGCACCAGCACUCCCAGCACUACUGCCAGUACCCAGUCAGUUCCUUGUGCAGCCAGCUCCAUCAAUGCAACAUUGGACUGUGUGCGUGGGACAACCACUGUGUCGUGGCAGAAUGGGACAGGAGCUCAGGGUUUUGCUGUAUCUGCCCUUUCAUCUCGUGGUAACAGGGCUACCUGUGUCUCCAACAGCUCCAUCACAAACUGUGUGCUGAGCUCUCUGCAGUGUGGUGAUGUGUAUGCUGUGACCAUACAGACUCUUGGACAGACGUGCAAUGCCAGCUCACAGAUGACUGGCUCUCUGAUCACAGCACCCUGCGCUCCCGAGUCUGUGGUCAGUCAGCUGUUAGACUGUCAAACAGGUGCUGUUCGCAUCAGCUGGCAGUCAAGUAACGGAUCACUGAGUUACUGUGCUAAAGCUGUAUCCACGGCUGGUAAUCUGACGUGUAACUCCACAUCCACAUCCUGCGUUAUUCCUGCCAUCAGCUGUGGACAAACCUAUAACAUCACUGUGGCCGCUCAGAGCAACAGCUGUACCGCCAAGAGUGUGACCAGUCAGAUAACAUCAGGGCCCUGUCCACCCAGCUCAGUCUCUGCUGUGUUGUUGGACUGCUCUUCUAACACCGCAUUCGUGUCCUGGACCUCUAUACCUGGAGUUCAAUACACGGCGAGAGCCAAUGGCACCACGGUGUCCUCUGCUGGUGUGGAGUGUAAUACAACAAACUCAAACUGCACUCUUACCAAUCUACAGUGUGGCAGUCAAUACAACAUCAGCGUCACUGCUACCAGAAACAACUGUAGUAGUACAGCCAACAUGAUGUCCAACUUUACCACAGCACCGUGUGCACCGGUUCUGUCUGACGCUGUUCUGAACUGUAGUUCUCGGUCCGCUAUGGUGACGUGGUCCGGCUCAGCGUUGAGUGGAGUUGUGGUUUCUGUAAGCGCGGUGAACGCUCAGGGUGUUCGGCUAGGCUGCGGACCUUUGAACGGUCAAUCCUGUGUAGUGGACGGACUGCAGUGUGGUCAGACGUACACGUUUGGAAUGAACGCAACACAAGGCCUGUGCACCAGUGCAAGCAACACACUGCAGAGACAGACAGCUCCAUGCCCACCACAAAAUGUAUCUGCCAAUGUGAACUCUAGCAGUAACACAGCAACAGUAACCUGGGGAAGUAGCCAAGGGGCGGUGCUUUACUCAGUGACAGCCAGUAGUGUUAAUGGCCAAUCGGUUAACUGCACCUCAGCGUCCACCUCAUGCGUCCUUUCACCUUUGACCUGCGGACAGCAAUACACGGUCACAAUGAGGGCUGUAGGCACAAACUACAGCAGUGAAGCCAGUGCACCUGUACAGAUUCAAACAGCUCCAUGCCCACCACAAAAUGUAUCUGCCAAUGUGAACUCUAGCAGUAACACAGCAACAGUAACCUGGGGAAGUAGCCAAGGGGCGGUGCUUUACUCAGUGACAGCCAGCAGUGUUAAUGGCCAAUCGGUUAACUGCACCUCAGCGUCCACCUCAUGCGUCCUUUCACCUUUGACCUGCGGACAGCAAUACACGAUCACAGUGAGGGCUGUAGGCACAAACUACAGCAGUGAAGCAAGUGCACCUGUACAGAUUCAAACAGCUCCAUGCCCACCACAAAAUGUAUCUGCCAAUGUGAACUCUAGCAGUAACACAGCAACAGUAACCUGGGGAAGUAGCCAAGGGGCGGUGCUUUACUCAGUGACAGCCAGCAGUGUUAAUGGCCAAUCGGUUAACUGCACCUCAGCAUCCACCUCAUGCGUCCUUUCACCUUUGGCCUGCGGACAGCAAUACACGGUCACAGUGAGGGCUGUAGGCACAAACUACAGCAGUGAAGCCAGUGCACCUGUACAGAUUCAAACAGCUCCAUGCCCACCACAAAAUGUAUCUGCCAAUGUGAACUGUAGCAGUAACACAGCAACAGUAACCUGGGGAAGUAGCCAAGGGGCGGUGCUUUACUCAGUGACAGCCAGCAGUGUUAAUGGCCAAUCGGUUAACUGCACCUCAGCGUCCACCUCAUGCGUCCUUUCACCUUUGACCUGCGGACAGCAAUACACGGUCACAAUGAGGGCUGUAGGCACAAACUACAGCAGUGAAGCCAGUGCACCUGUACAGAUACAGACAGCUCCAUGCCCUCCACAAAAUGUAUCUGCCAAUGUGAACUCUACCAGUAACACAGCAACAGUAACCUGGGGAAGUAGCCAAGGGGCGGUGCUUUACUCAGUGACAGCCAGCAGUGUUAAUGGCCAAUCGGUUAACUGCACCUCAGCAUCCACCUCAUGUGUCCUUUCACCUUUGGCCUGCGGACAGCAAUACACGGUCACAAUGAGGGCUGUAGGCACAAACUACAGCAGUGAAGCCAGUGCACCGGUACAGAUCCAAUCAGCUCCAUGCCCACCACAAAAUGUAUCUGCCAAUGUGAACUGUAGCAGUAACACAGCAACAGUAACCUGGGGGAGUAGCCAAGGGGCGGUGCUUUACUCAGUGACAGCCAGCAGUGUUAAUGGCCAAUCGGUUAACUGCACCUCAGCGUCCACCUCAUGCGUCCUUUCACCUUUGACCUGCGGACAGCGAUACACGGUCACAAUGAGGGCUGUAGGCACAAACUACAGCAGUGAAGCCAGUGCACCGGUACAGAUCCAAUCAGUGCCUUGCACCCCACAGAAUGUCCUGCCCACUGUGGACUGUGGAUUGAACGCAUUAGUGGUUUCGUGGACACCUAGUGCAGGUGGACAGAACUACACAGCCACUUUACGGGACACAAGUGGCCUGUCCACCACCUGCCAGUCUUCAGGCUCACAGUGUAAUAUCACAGGACUGAGCUGUGGUCAGGUGUACUCCGUUAAUGUGAUCGCAUCUGAUAAUCUGUGCACCAGCACUCCCAGCACUACUGCCAGUACCCAGUCAGUUCCUUGUGCAGCCAGCUCCAUCAAUGCAACAUUGGACUGUGUGCGUGGGACAGCCACUGUGUCGUGGCAGAAUGGGACAGGAGCUCAGGGUUUUGCUGUAUCUGCCCUUUCAUCUCGUGGUAACAGGGCUACCUGUGUCUCCAACAGCUCCAUCACAAACUGUGUGCUGAGCUCUCUGCAGUGUGGUGAUGUGUAUGCGGUGACUGUACAGACUCUUGGACAGACGUGCAAUGCCAGCUCACAGAUGACUGGCUCUCUGAUCACAGCACCCUGCGCUCCUGAGUCUGUGGUCAGUCAGCUGUUAGACUGUCAAACAGGUGCUGUUCGCAUCAGCUGGCAGUCAAGUAACGGAUCACUGAGUUACUGCGCUAAAGCUGUAUCCACGGCUGGUAAUCUGACGUGUAACUCAACAUCCACAUCCUGCGUUAUUCCUGCCAUCAGCUGUGGACAAACUUAUAAUAUCACUGUGGCCGCUCAGGGCAACGGCUGUACCGCCAAGAGUGUGACCAGUCAGAUAACAGCAGGGCCCUGUCCACCCAGUUCAGUCUCUGCUGUGUUGUUGGACUGCUCUUCUAACACCGCCUUAGUGUCCUGGACCUCUAUACCUGGAGUUCAAUAUACGGCGAGAGCCAAUGGCACCAUGGGGUCCUCUGCUGGUGUGGAGUGUAAUACAACAAACUCAAACUGCACUCUUACCAAUCUACAGUGUGGCAGUCAAUACAACAUCAGCGUCACUGCUACCAGAAACAACUGUAGUACUACAGCCAACAUGAUGUCCAACUUUACGACAGCACCGUGUGCACCGGUUCUGUCUGACGCUGUUCUGAACUGUAGUUCUCGGUCCGCUUUGGUGACGUGGUCCGGCUCAGCGGUGAGUGGAGUUGUGGUCUCAGUCAGCGCUGUGAACGCUCAGGGUGUCCGACUGGGCUGCGGACCUUUAAACGGUCAAUCCUGUGUAGUGGACGGACUGCAGUGUGGUCAGACGUACACGUUUGGUGUGAACGCAUCACAAGGCCAGUGCACCAGUGCAAGCAACACACUGCAGAGACAGACAGCCCCAUAUCCACCACAGAAUAUCCAGUCCAUAACAAACUUCGGCAAUAACACAGUGAGUGUGUCCUGGUCUAGCAGCAAUGGAACGGUUUCUUAUAGGACCACACUGGAAUGUUCAAAUGGACAGACAUACACAUGCAGGACUAAUGCAACAGGAUGUGACAUCACUAACAUGCCCUGUGGACAGACCUGCGCAGUCAAGUCAGUAGCGGAGGGGAUGACCUGCAACAGCACUAUUGGCAUUGGACCAAAUAUCACAACAGCUUCAUGCGCACCACAAAAUGUAUCUGCCAAUGUGAACUGUAGCAGUAACACAGCAACAGUAACCUGGGGGAGUAGCCAAGGGGCGGUGCUUUACUCAGUGACAGCCAGCAGUGUUAAUGGCCAAUCGGUUAACUGCACCUCAGCGUCCACCUCAUGCGUCCUUUCACCUUUGACCUGCGGACAGCGAUACACGAUCACAGUGAGGGCUGUAGGCACAAACUACAGCAGUGAUGCCAGUGCACCCGUACAGAUCCAAUCAGUGCCUUGCACCCCACAGAAUGUCCUGCCCACUGUGGACUGUGGAUUGAAUGCAUUAGUGGUUUCGUGGACACCUAGUGCAGGUGGACAGAACUACACAGCCACUUUACGAGACACAAGUGGCCUGUCCACCACCUGCCAGUCUUCAGGCUCACAGUGUAAUAUCACAGGACUGGGCUGUGGUCAGGUGUACUCCAUUAAUGUGAUCGCAUCUGAUAAUCUGUGCACCAGCACUCCCAGCACUACUGCCAGUACCCAGUCAGUUCCUUGUGCAGCCAGCUCCAUCAAUGCAACAUUGGACUGUGUGCGUGGGACAGCCACUGUGUCGUGGCAGAAUGGGACAGGAGGUCAGGGUUUUGCUGUAUCUGCCCUUUCAUCUCGUGGUAACAGGGCUACCUGUGUCUCCAACAGCUCCAUCACAAACUGUGUGCUGAGCUCUCUGCAGUGUGGUGAUGUGUAUGCGGUGACCGUACAGACUCUUGGACAGACGUGCAAUGCCAGCGCACAGAUGACUGGCUCUCUGAUCACAGCACCCUGCGCUCCUGAGUCUGUGGUCAGUCAGUUGUUAGACUGUCAAACAGGUGCUGUUCGCAUCAGCUGGCAGUCAAGUAACGGAUCACUGAGUUACUGCGCUAAAGCUGUAUCCACGGCUGGUAAUCUGACGUGUAACUCCACAUCCACAUCCUGCGUUAUUCCUGCCAUCAGCUGUGGACAAACCUAUAACAUCACUGUGGCCGCUCAGGGCAACGUCUGUACCGCCAAGAGUGUGACCAGUCAGAUAACAGCAGGACCCUGUCCACCCAGUUCAGUCUCUGCUGUGUUGUUGGACUGCUCUUCUAACACUGCCUUAGUUUCCUGGACCUCUAUACCUGGAGUUCAAUACACGGCGAGAGCCAAUGGCACCACGGUGUCCUUUGCUGGUGUGGAGUGUAAUACAACAAACUCAAACUGCACUCUUACCAAUCUACAGUGUGGCAGUCAAUACAACAUCAGCGUCACUGCUACCAGAAACAACUGUAGUAGUACAGCCAACAUAAUGUCCAACUUUACCACAGCACCGUGUGCACCGGUUCUGUCUGACGCUGUUCUGAACUGUAGUUCUCGGUCCGCUAAUGUGACGUGGUCUGGCUCAGCGCUAAGUGGAGUUGUGGUCUCAGUCAGCGCUGUGAACGCUCAGGGUGUCCGACUGGGCUGCGGACCUUUAAACGGUCAAUCCUGUGUAGUGGACGGACUGCAGUGUGGUCAGAUGUACACGUUUGGUGUGAACGCAACACAAGGCCUGUGCACCAGUACAAGCAACACACUGCAGAGACAGACAGCUCCAUAUCCACCACAGAAUAUCCAGUCCAUAACAAACUUCAGCAAUAAUACAGUGAGUGUGUCCUGGUCUAGCAGCAACGGAACGGUUUCUUAUAGGACCACUCUGGAAUGUUCAAAUGGACAAACAUACACAUGCAGGACUAAUGCAACAGGAUGUGACAUCACUAACAUGCCCUGCGGACAGACCUGCGCAGUCAAGUCAGUGGCAGAGGGGACGACCUGUAACAGCUCUAUUAGCAUUGGACCAAAUAUCACAACAGCUUCAUGCGCACCACAAAAUGUAUCUGCCAAUGUGAACUGUAGCAGUAACACAGCAACAGUAACCUGGGGGAGUAACCAAGGAGUGGUGCUUUACUCAGUGACAGCCAGCAGUGUUAAUGGCCAAUCGGUUAACUGCACCUCAGCAUCCACCUCAUGCGUCCUUUCGCCUUUGACCUGCGGACAGCGAUACACGAUCACAGUGAGGGCUGUAGGCACAAACUACAGCAGUGAUGCCAGUGCACCCGUACAGAUCCAAUCAGUGCCUUGCACCCCACAGAAUGUCCUGCCCACUGUGGACUGUGGAUUGAACGCAUUAGUGGUUUCGUGGACACCUAGUGCUGGUGGACAGAACUACACAGCCACUUUACGGGACACAAGUGGCCUGUCCACCACCUGCCAGUCUUCAGGCUCACAGUGUAAUAUCACAGGACUGAGCUGUGGUCAGGUGUACUCCGUUAAUGUGAUCGCAUCUGAUAAUCUGUGCACCAGCACUCCCAGCACUACUGCCAGUACCCAGUCAGUUCCUUGUGCAGCCAGCUCCAUCAAUGCAACAUUGGACUGUGUGCGUGCGACAGCCACUGUGUCGUGGCAGAAUGGGACAGGAGGUCAGGGUUUUGCUGUAUCUGCCCUUUCAUCUCGUGGUAACAGGGCUACCUGUGUCUCCAACAGCUCCAUCACAAACUGUGUGCUGAGCUCUCUGCAGUGUGGUGAUGUGUAUGCGGUGACUGUACAGACUCUUGGACAGAUGUGCAAUGCCAGCGCACAGAUGACUGGCUCUCUGAUCACAGCACCCUGCGCUCCUGAGUCUGUGGUCAGUCAGCUGUUAGACUGUCAAACAGGUGCUGUUCGCAUCAGCUGGCAGUCAAGUAACGGAUCACUGAGUUACUGUGCUAAAGCUGUAUCCACGGCUGGUAAUCUGACGUGUAACUCCACAUCCACAUCCUGCGUUAUUCCUGCCAUCAGCUGUGGACAAACCUAUAACAUCACUGUGGCCGCUCAGGGCAACAGCUGUACCGCAAAGAGUGUGACCAGUCAGAUAACAGCAGGGCCCUGUCCACCGAGUUCAGUCUCUGCUGUGUUGUUGGACUGCUCUUCUAACACCGCCUUAGUGUCCUGGACCUCUAUACCUGGAGUUCAAUACACGGCGAGAGCCAAUGGCACCACGGGGUCCUCUGCUGGUGUGGAGUGUAAUACAACUAACUCAAACUGUACUCUUACCAAUCUACAGUGUGGCAGUCAAUACAACAUCAGCGUCACUGCUACCAGAAACAACUGUAGUAGUACAGCCAACAUGAUGUCCAACUUUACCACAGCACCGUGUGCACCGGUUCUGUCUGACGCUGUUCUGAACUGUAGUUCUCGGUCCGCUUUGGUGACGUGGUCCGGCUCAGCAUCGAGUGGAGUUGUGGUCUCUGUAAGCGCAGUGAACGCUCAGGGUGUCCGGCUGGGCUGCGGACCUUUAAACGGUCAAUCCUGUGUAGUGGACGGACUGCAGUGUGGUCAGAUGUACACGUUUGGUGUGAACGCAACACAAGGCCUGUGCACCAGUACAAGCAACACACUGCAGAGACAGACAGCCCCAUAUCCUCCACAGAAUAUCCAGUCCAUAACAAACUUCAGCAAUAACACAGUGAGUGUGUCCUGGUCUAGCAGCAACGGAACGGUUUCUUAUAGGACCACACUGGAAUGUUCAAAUGGACAGACAUACACAUGCAGGACUAAUGCAACAGGAUGUGACAUCACUAACAUGCCCUGCGGACAGACCUGCGCAGUCAAGUCAGUGGCGGAGGGGACGACCUGUAACAGCUCUAUUGGCAUUGGACCAAAUAUCACAACAGCUUCAUGCGCACCACAAAAUGUAUCUGCCAAUGUGAACUGUAGCAGUAACACAGCAACAGUAACCUGGGGGAGUAGCCAAGGGGCGGUGCUUUACUCAGUGACAGCCAGCAGUGUUAAUGGCCAAUCGGUUAACUGCACCUCAGCGUCCACCUCAUGCGUCCUUUCACCUUUGACCUGCGGACAGCGAUACACGAUCACAGUGAGGGCUGUAGGCACAAACUACAGCAGUGAUGCCAGUGCACCUGUACAGAUCCAAACAGUGCCUUGCACCCCACAGAAUGUCCUGCCCACUGUGGACUGUGGAUUGAAUGCAUUAGUGGUUUCGUGGACACCUAGUGCAGGUGGACAGAACUACACAGCCACUUUACGGGACACAAGUGGCCUGUCCACCACCUGCCAGUCUUCAGGCUCACAGUGUAAUAUCACAGGACUGAGCUGUGGUCAGGUGUACUCCGUUAAUGUGAUCGCAUCUGAUAAUCUGUGCACCAGCACUCCCAGCACUACUGCUAGUACCCAGUCAGUUCCUUGUGCAGCCAGCUCCAUCAAUGCAACAUUGGACUGUGUGCGUGGGACAGCCACUGUGUCGUGGCAGAAUGGGACAGGAGCUCAGGGUUUUGCUGUAUCUGCCCUUUCAUCUCGUGGUAACAGGGCUACCUGUGUCUCCAACAGCUCCAUCACAAACUGUGUGCUGAGCUCUCUGCAGUGUGGUGAUGUGUAUGCGGUGACCGUACAGACUCUUGGACAGACGUGCAAUGCCAGCUCACAGAUGACUGGCUCUCUGAUCACAGCACCCUGCGCUCCUGAGUCUGUGGUCAGUCAGCUGUUAGACUGUCAAACAGGUGCUGUUCGCAUCAGCUGGCAGUCAAGUAACGGAUCACUGAGUUACUGUGCUAAAGCUGUAUCCACGGCUGGUAAUCUGACGUGUAACUCAACAUCCACAUCCUGCGUUAUUCCUGCCAUCAGCUGUGGACAAACCUAUAACAUCACUGUGGCCGCUCAGGGCAACGGCUGUACCGCCAAGAGUGUGACCAGUCAGAUAACAGCAGGGCCCUGUCCACCCAGUUCAGUCUCAGCUGUGUUGUUGGACUGCUCUUCUAACACCGCCUUAGUGUCCUGGACCUCUAUACCUGGAGUUCAAUAUACAGCGAGAGCCAAUGGCACCACAGGGUCCUCUGCUGGUGUGGAGUGUAAUACAACAAACUCAAACUGCACUCUUACCAAUCUACAGUGUGGCAGUCAAUACAACAUCAGCGUCACUGCUACCAGAAACAACUGUAGUACUACAGCCAACAUGAUGUCCAACUUUACCACAGCACCGUGUGCACCGGUUCUGUCUGACGCUGUUCUGAACUGUAGUUCUCGGUCCGCUAUGGUGACGUGGUCCGGCUCAGCGUUGAGUGGAGUUGUGGUCUCAGUCAGCGCAGUGAACACUCAGGGUGUCCGACUGGGCUGCGGACCUUUAAACGGUCAAUCCUGUGUAGUGGACGGACUGCAGUGUGGUCAGACGUACACGUUUGGUGUGAACGCAUCACAAGGCCAGUGCACCACUGCAAGCAACACACUGCAGAGACAGACAGCCCCAUAUCCUCCACAGAAUAUCCAGUCCAUAACUAACUGCGGCAAUAACACAGUGAGUGUGUCCUGGUCUAGCAGCAACGGAACGGUUUCUUAUAGGACCACACUGGAAUGUUCAAAUGGACAGACAUACACCUGCAGGACUAAUGCAACAGGAUGUGACAUCACUAACAUCCCCUGCGGACAGACCUGCACAGUCAAGUCAAGGGCAGAGGGGACGACCUGCAACAGCACUAUUGGCAUUGGACCAAAUAUCACAACAGUGCCGUGUGUACCUGCUCAUGUUCAGGGCAGUGUGGACUGUACAUCUGGAAACAUCUCUCUGUCCUGGGAUCAAAGCGUUGGUGCUGUUUCCUACACCGCGACUGCUCAGGGUAACGGUGGCUAUGCUUCAGUAUGUAACAGCACUGGACCAGCGUGUGCCUUCUCAAAUCUUCUGUGUGGGAUGAACUACAGUUUUUCUGUGAGUGCGUCUGAUGGGACCUGCAGUACCGCACCGAGCCAAUCCGUCCUGCUGACGACAGUACCCUGUAAGCCACAGAAUGCAAGCGCCCAGCUGAACUGCAACACAAACACUGCUGUUGUAACAUGGGAGCCCAGUGAUCGUGUUUUGAGUUACAUAGUCAAAGCCAGCAGCCCUGAUGGACAUCAAAUCAACUGCACAAGCUCCAACUACAGCUGCACAUUACCCAGCAUGCACUGCAGUCAGAACUACAACGUCACUGUCGCAGCCCUGGAUGGAGGUUGUGGCAACAACAAAGCAAACUUUAUUCUGCCAUCAGCUCCGUGUGCUCCUCUGAUGGUUAACGGUACACUGGACUGUGUCACCAACUCCGCAUGGGUUUCUUGGAAUCUGGACAAUGGUGCCCAGUCUUACUCUGUGCUGGCUGUAUCGAAUGAUGGUCAAAUUCGUAACUGCUCCACCUCAAACUCCAGCUGUAAAGUGGCUGACCUGGGCUGUUCAAAGAUCUACAACUUUUCUGUGACAGCCACAACCGGUCCCUGUCAGAGUCCAGCCAGCAGCAGCUUUCAAGUGGAGACAGGGCCUUGUGCUUUGUCAUCUAUCGUGGCGGUGACUGAAUGUCAGAGUAGUGUCAUCCAGGUACAGUGGCAAAGAGCACCGGGAGGAAAUUCACUCUACGUUGCCACAGCAGAGGGUCAAGACCGCUCCCUCAUUUCCUGCAAUAGCUCCGCCUCUUCCUGCAACCUUACUGGUGUGCGAUGUGGCAUGGAGUACACCAUCAUUGUGUCUGCAUCCUCCAACCGCUGCAGCAGUCUCCGCAGCCCAAUUUACAAAAUCAGCACAGUGCCCUGUCAGCCUACACCUGUAGACGCCCAUACAGACUGUCAGACAAAUAAUGUGUCCGUGUCAUGGCAGCCGUCAUACGUGGCAAAGAAGUACACGCUAACUGUGGUCGGCAGAGCCGGAGACGUGGCAAGAUAUUGCACCGCGGACAGUAACUUCACCCUGAGUGAUCUUCGCUGCAGCGAUACAUAUUAUCUCUCUGUUUCAGCCAGUCGUGACAACUGUACCAGUCUGCCCAGUACUAACAUCACAUUUAAUACAGUGCCAUGUAAGCCAGCAAACUUGACAUUAGCGGUAAAUUGUGUGAACGGCAGUGCCUUGUUGUCAUGGAGACAAAGUACAGGUGCAGUGUCCUACGCGGGACUUGCUCGGUCUGACAAUGGCACAACAAUCCAAUGUCAGAGCACCAACACUUCCUGUGGUCUGCAGGGCUUAGUGUGUGGCAGAAUCUACAACUUCACAGUCCAGGCAUCAGAUGGCAUCUGCAACAGUUCAGUCAGUGACACACUAACCAGGGGAGCAGUUCCCUGUCCUCCGGCUGGUUUGAGAGUGAUUCCUAAUCCUCAUACGGUAGUGAAUGGAACUCAGAUCUUGAGGGCAUCCUGGCUCACUGGUAAUUGUCCUAAUUCUGAAUACCUCCUGCAAAUGAAAGGCGGCUUUCUGGGCGACCCCCAGGCACUAUAUGAAGUCGCUUCCUAUUGGACGAGCCGCACAUUCUUUGAAGUUCCCCUCCCAUGUGGUUCUUCAUACAACGCAACAAUCAGGGCUAAGAACUGUGCUGGCUCGAGCGUUGAGUCCUCCGCUGUCUCUGGAACCACAGUGCCUUGUGCUCCUGUAAAUGUGACAUACACUUCAACGACUGUGGAAUGGAGUGCAUCUAUAUAUGCCACAAAUUACACCGUAUAUCAAGUUACUCCAACCAUCAGGACACAGCUCUGUGUGACCUCACAGCUCUCCUGCGCUGUCACCAGCAACGGCAGCAUCAUCGUAACUGCUCGUAACUCUGCUGGAGAGAGCCAAGACUCACUGCCUGCUUCAUUAAAGUCUUAAUGUGUGAUACACUGUAACACUACAGUUUAAAAAGCUUACAUAAACUCUUUCUCUGGCUGUGUGUACUUUAGAUGCAAUGCUAAAUAUUUGAAAAUAUAUCUAUAUAUAUAUAUAAAUAUAUAUUCCUGUUUUUGUACACGAGCAGAUUAAUAUUAAAUAUAAAGAGCAUUUCUGCAUGUGAUUCUUGUUUAAAUUAUGAUUUAAAAAUGUAAAGCUCAUGUGAAAUAAAUGACCAUAUACAAAAAUCA